GGCAUGUAUAGCUUUUAGGUUCAAAUUCUUUCUUUAGUUGCUUUCACUCAUCAGAUUGUUACUCUGACAUUUGGAGCCUGUGGGACGCAGUACUUGCUGGAGCUGUAAGACCUUGCUUCACGCCACUUGAGCUUCUGGAUCACAUCGCAUCAUCCUUAUUUCCAGUAGACCUCACGUUACCAUGGUGACACACCCUCCUCUUGCAUAAAAGAAAGUCGGCGUCCUUGCAGACAUUUGGCUUUGACAGACAGCAACGCACCGAUGCCUCUGAACUCCUCCGAUGGAAACCGAACCAACGCCGCGUUCUCCUCCAAACUGAGCCCAGAGGCUGAUCUAUGCGUGGGACUCGCCAUCCUCUCUGUGGUUUUGCUGUCUGUCGUGGGAAAUGGGCUGGUGCUGGUCAUCUGCUACCGCAAGAGGAAGAAGAUGUCGGGCUCGGAGUUGCUGUGCAUCAACCUGGCUGUGGUGGACUUCCUCUGCUGCGUCUGCUUUUACCCGUUCUCCAUCGUGUCCUCGUUCCACCACGUGUGGCUGGGAGGGAACGUCACCUGCAUUUACUACGGCCUCGGCUGCUACAUCUUCGGCUUGUGCGGCAUGUUCACCAUCACCGCCAUAAGCAUCAUCCGCUACCUGAAGACCUGCUACAGUCUGGCUCACAGUUUUUGGCUGAAGGCGGCUAACAUCCGUCUGCUGUGCUGCAUCAUUUGGCUGGUCUCUGCGGUUUGGUCCAGCUUUCCUCUGUUUGGUUGGGGCGAGUACGUCCCUGAGCCCUAUGGGCUGUCCUGCACCGUCGCCUGGAGGGGCUAUCACACAUCCACGAAGGACGCCUUCUAUGUCAUCUGCUCCUUUGUGUGCUUCACUCUGGUUCCAGCUCUCCUCAUUGUGGUGUCACAGUGCAGCAUCCUCUACAAGGUGUCUCGCUUCUCCUAUGAACUGUCUGCAAAAGGCAUCCGAAACAACCUGCGCCACGCUGAAAAGAGGAUAUCUAUGAUGUUCUUCUGCAUCAGUUUUGGGUUCGUGAUCGCCUGGGCGCCUUACGCCGUCGUGUCCUUCCUCUUCAUAUUCCACAAGGAGCCUCGGUACAUGGCGGCGGAGGGCUUCGUCCUCCCUGCUCUCUUCGCCAAAAGCUCGCACAUCUACAACCCGUUCAUCUACUUCUACUUCAACAAGACCUUCCAGCAGGAGCUGCGCCGCCUGCUCCUGGCGUCCUACCACAAACUGACGGGAAACCGGGUCGGAGUCCACUUUUCCACGAGCCAGCAGGCCCCACAUCCCAUCCACAUUCAGCUACAGGAGCGAGGCGGCGUUCAGAGGAGACCGAAAGCGAUGCACAGUAGAGGUGCACACAGCAGGCAGAUGUUUGCAUGCUGGGAGUCGGCGGCAAAGAACGCGCACGCCAUCAUAGACAAUAACCAAAACACAGACUACCAGGCAGCUUCUAUAUGA